AUGGAGACGUUACCAGAUUUUAGCAGGAUAAUCUCCUCGCCUCCAUUCACGUUUCUAGUUGGCAAGGAUCAUGCCAAAUUGACCAUUCAAUCCGGCCUGGCAAGACAUGUCUCCAGGCCUCUGGAUCAUCUUAUGAACAAUGGUCAAACCCGCGAGUCAAAGCAUCGCAUCACCGUACUGGAAGAUGAAGAGGUCGAGGUCUUUUCAGCUUUCACCGAGUAUGCAUACACAGGCGACUACACUGUGCCGGUGGAGAAGAAAGAACAGCCUGAACAGCCUGCACAGCCUCCAACUCCCUCACCACCACAGUUACAGCCACGACCACAAACAGAGGCUGUGAGUGUGAGCCCAUUGAAGCAUCGUGCACUGCGCGCCCUGUCUACUGCUUCUUUUUUGCCCCCGCCUGCCCCGACUCCUCCCCCUGUAGACCGACCAGAGUCGAAAAUGCUGCCGCAGCAAGAAGAGCCGUUGAUGAUCGAGUGGGAGAACCCAUUUGAAGGAUCGAUUGCCCAGCAACAGAAUAGUCCGGCUGGGCCUGCGAGCAACACGCCAGCAGAUGAAACUGUCGAGGACAGCCUGCUUGACUCAAAGGACGAACCUUUGCUCUUCCCGCCCAGAAAGUUAAGCAAGAAAGACAGAAAGAAGACAAAGAAAGCCAGCGCAACACUAUUUGAGGAAACCGCAGCCCCCGUCAGCCUAACUCCGCCUUCCACGCCGCCUUUCCAACACAAGGACGUCAAACCAGAGAUCGACACAGACAAUAACGACGCAGAUCGUGAUUGUGCCAUUGAGACCGACCCUGGAGACGAUAUCCCGCCUAACGCCAGUGACUGGUGGGAUCGACCCUUGUCACCUGGAGCUGAGCAUCCCAGACAUGGCUAUCCACGCAGACCACUGCAUUCUGCAUCGAUGAUCGAUACUUCCUUCGCAACCCAGGGAAUUUCAGCUCCUCGAAAGAAAGGUGUUAGUAGUUGGGACGAGUUUGCAGAUCUUGAAUACUUCCACCAGCCCUCGAAACCACCAGUCACCUCACAACCCGAUGUCCCUUAUAUCUUGUUCCACGCCAAGCUCUACGUCUUCGCAACAAAAUACCUGAUCUCCGGCCUCGCCCAGCUCUGCCUCAAGAAACUGCAUCGCGAACUGCUAGACUAUUCUCUAAUCCCCCCCUCUGAGAACGAGGAAGGAGACCUGGACGAAACCGAAGCAAACCGCUUCGAUGCUCAUGCAAGGAUGUUCCUAGACGUCCUUCGCUACACAUACCACAAAACCAACAGGUUCGAGCCCGAGUGCCAGACCUCUGCUACCUUGCUUCGAGAAAGUGAACUACGCAAAUUAGUCGCUCAAUACGCCGCCUGUAAGAUGCGUGAGCUCGCUCUUUACUCCCCUGCGGCCAUCCCAGUGCCGUCUUCGCCAAGUCAUGGUCCGGGGUCGGGGGUUAGUGUUAUUGCGGCUCCUGGUGGAGGGCUAAGGGAACUUUUGGAUGGGAUUCCUGAGCUCGCCUCUGAUUUGGUGUUCCGCAUGAUGUAA